AUGGCUUCAGCGAAACAAUACGUGGUGGGCGAUGACAAGGGUUGGACCAAGGAUUUUGAUUACACCACUUGGACCGCCGGCAAGCAAUUCUUCGUCGGCGACUCCCUUGAGCCACUUGUUGGCGCUCCACUUACCACCGGGAGCGACGAGAUCCCACUCAAAACCACCGGGAGGAAAUGGUACAUCUGCGGCGUCUCCGGCCACUGCUCCUCCGGUCAGAAGCUCGUCAUCACCGUCUUGGACGGAUCCGCCGCUCCGGCGCCGACGCCGACCUCGCCAUCAACCGAGUACGUAGUGGGGGACGAAAGAGGCUGGACCAACAACUUUGAUUACGCUACUUGGGCAGAGGGCAAGACCUUCUUUGUUGGUGACUCACUAGUUUUCAACUAUCCAGCGGGAAAGCACAACGUGUUCAAGGUAAAUGGCACAGAUUUCCAGGACUGCGCCAAGCCCCUGGCCGCUGCUCCGCCACUUACGUCGGGGAGCGACGAGAUCCCGCUCAAAACCGCGGGGAAGAAAUGGUACAUCUGCGGAGUCUCCGGCCACUGCGCCUCCGGUCAGAAGCUGGUCAUCACCGUCUCCGAGGGAUCUGCCCCGCCGGCGGGAUAUUCCUCCUCCGGGGUCGCGAUGGUCAACAUUGGAUUUGCUGCCCUUGUUCUUGUUGGCACUCUUGGGAUGCUCUUCUUCUGA